AAAUGCUGCUAUCAGUGAAGUUUCCUACUGCUCCUUUAUUAGUAUUAGCAUUACUGUCGGUGGUUUCAUCCUUCAAUGAUGUUGUAUUUGCUUCUGGUUCUUCUUUUUCUUCAACUCACAGGAAACAAUUACAGGUAGCAGUGGAAGAAGAAGUUGAUACUAUUUUGGAAUGGAAAUCAACCGUUGUUAAUCAAACCCAUUGUCUCCUCCCUUCUUGGAAGAGAAACUCUAAUAAUAAUACAAUAAGUCCAUGCAAGUGGUUUGGAAUCACUUGCAACAUCGAGGGAAGCAUUGCUGAACUGAAUGUAUCAGGUUUGGGUUUACAAGCUUCAAUAAUUUUUCAAGUUCAACAAAUUAGUUUCGACUUCAACAAUUUUUCGUUGGUGUGUUCAUAAUGACAAGUCAAAUAGAGCAUGACUUUACACUUUCAGGACCUUCACACUUGACUACGGUGAACUGGAACGAUGAACGUUACCGAAGAUCUACAAUGGCUAGCUUGGUUAAGGGUGUCUAUGUGCUGAAGGAUGACCAUCGACAACACCGGCAAGGGAGUGAAGCUCUGGCACCACUAUGGUGGGAAUCCUUCCAUUUUAAGCUACUUCAUGGUCUCACGGAUGAUGAGGAUUCUUCCAUCUUCGGUGCAGUAUAUGAAUACAAACCCAAAUCCAACAACUACCUUGGUCUUAUAAGAGCUCCAAAAUAUGUAAUUGCUUUUAGAGGAACUUCAAAGAAUAAAGAUACUGUCCUCGAGGAUAUGAGUUGCAACAUGAACAUUCUUUUAAAUAAUCUUCACAGUACGCCUCGUUUUGCAAAGGCAAUGAAAGUUGUCAGAAAAAUGGUUUCUGAAAAUGGAGCUAGUAAUAUCUGGUUGGCAGGGCAUUCUUUGGGUGCUGCCAUGGCAAUGGGUACAGGAAAAACCAUGGCAAAGGAGGGUGUUUUCCUUGAAGCAUAUUUAUUCAAUCCACCGUUCAUUGCAGCUCCUAUCGAACCUAUAGGAAAUAGGUUAGUGAGGUAUGGGCUCCUUGUUGCUUGCACCACGAUCACAGUAGGACUCACAGUUUUCUUGCAAAGUAACCAAGAAAUGCAACAAUCAGAAGAUCUGUUCACAAGCUUAUCACCAUGGAUACCCAAUCUGUUUCUGCAUCCAGAUGAUACUAUAUGCUCCGGUUACAUUGCGUAUUUUGAACUGCAAGAAAUGUUUAAAAGCUGUGGACUUGAAAUUAUUGGGAGGUUGGAGGCACAACAUUCAUGGCAGGGGCUAUUCAUGAAUGCUAUUGGACUGGAAAAUUGGUCAGAAGAACUGCACUUAAUUCCUUCAGCUCGUGUGACUACUAGUUCCAAUCCUAAACCUCACAAGCUUAGUCAAUGGUAUACAGACAAUUCAGUUUCAGUCCCUAAGGUGUACCAGUACUAGUCGCAUGUUAUACCGAACUCCUUACUCCAACUCCAUGUGUGUGUGGUUUGUAAUAAACUAGUAUGGUGUGUAUGUGGUUUGUAAUAGUACUUUCAUAUACUUUUUUUCUUAAGCAUGUACUUUCAUAUUCUUUUGUGUAAUAACUAGUAUUUCUUAUGGUAA